CUUCACUUUGCGCACCAGUGGCUUUUAGUUUGGUGGCAGUCUCUGGGCGCAAUGGUCGUGUCUAUGGAUAGAUGGGUGGGCAAGGUGGCUGUGGUGACGGGCGCUAGUACGGGAAUUGGGGCGGCGAUUGCCAAACAGCUCGUUUCCAAUGGGAUUAUUGUCGUUGGCAUUGCUCGGAGAGUUGAACUCGUCCAAGAGCUGGCGCAGGAACUGGGCGACAGGAAAGGUAAACUCCACGCGUAUAAAGCCGACGUUUCGAAAGAAGACGACAUCCUCAAGGCCUUCAAAUGGAUUGAGGAAAAUUUGGGCCCCGUACACAUACUAAUAAACAAUGCAGGAGUUGCUAAAGAAACAACUCUAGUAGAUGGCGAUACCGAAGCUUGGAGAAACGUCCUUGACGUAAACGUCCUUGGUUUAUGUAUUGCAACAAGAGAGGCAAUCAAAAGCAUGAAAAAACAUGAUAUAAAAGGGCAUAUCGUUCACAUUAACAGCCUGUGUGGGCAUAGAGUGCCCAAUUUUCCAGGCAUGAAUAUUUACCCAGCUUCUAAACACGCAGUCACUGCACUUACAGAAACUUUAAGACAAGAAUUGAAUUUUGUUGGCUCCAAAAUUAAAAUCACGAGCGUUAGUCCUGGUCUAGUAACCACUGAAAUGACAACUCUCAAUAAAAACCUAGAUCCUGAGAAGAAGGCAAUUGUUGAUAAGUUUCCAGCUCUGGAGACUGAAGAUAUCGCAGAUGGCGUUAUCUACGCUUUGGGCACCCCUGAACACGUCCAGGUCCACGAAUUGACCAUCAAACCAGUUGGGGAAAUGUACUAAGUAACAAAUAAAAACCAUCACAACUUU